AUGCUAAUGACUGCCAGUACCGCUCAAGCGCAGCGAAAGAUCCUGCUUCAUAAGAGCCGCCAGAUCAGGAAGGAAGAUGCGGCAAAUCUGAAGACCCUCACCCAAUCCUCGAAAUUAAACGGCGCUUGCAUUACAAGCCUUGCGCAAUUAUCGCGAUUUAUCCAAUGGCUGAGACUGUUGUUCCACAUGAAGAUUGCGCGUAACGGUUUCGAUGGAACAAUCACACCAUCGGACGAAGAGUACGAGCACAUGGCAGCAAUCAACCGGUCCGAAGCAAUAGAUCGUGCUUUGGAGAGAGAAGCUACUAACCUUCGGCACGAGACUAAGCUGGUCCUUGUAGGCAAUCCACAGGGUGGCAAAGAGCUGAUAAUGCAUCAGCUGAAAGUGCAGUUCGCCGAGGGUUAUGACAAGACGGAGGAAAGAUUGAAGUACCGCCCCGCAGUUUACCAAGUUGUAAGAUCGCUCAUAUCUUCGAUCACGAAUUUGCUUACAGAGACCGGCGUUACACUGUCUGCCGAACUGACGCACGACUUCGCGAUCUUAUUGCACGAGCUGGACGCCAGAGAGGACGGCAUAUCCUCCGACGCUGUCAAGGCCAUUACCAGAAUAUGGUCGUGUCCCGAAUUCUCCAAACUCUACGUCCGCAACUUCGAGAUCGACUUCCCACAGUACGCGCCGUACUUCGCACAAGAAGCGCCGCGCAUAGCCGAAAAAGACUACGUCCCCAGCGAAGCCGACAUCAUCCGGCUAACCCGCUCCGGCGGCGGCAUCAACGAGACACGCUUCGACUGGGACGAGCUCGACAUCCACCUCUUCAACAUCAAAGGCUACGUCCCGCAACACUUCAAAGAGCGCUGGUACCACCAGCUCGAAGACGCCACCGCCGUCAUCUUCACCGUCGACGUAUCCCUCUACAACAAACCCAGCCCCGAGCGCCCCUCGGAAUCCAUCCUCGUCCACGAAUUCGAAGGCUUCGAACAAUGGGUCAACCGCCCCGGCUUCGCAAACUCAACAAUCAUCCUCAUCCUCAACAACUUCACGCGUUUUGUUAGCAAAAUGGCCUACGCACCGCUGGAAAAACUGUUUCCGGAUUACACACGCAAUGAAUCGGAUCCGGAACUCAGUGCAAGACAAUAUAUUCUUCGGCGCUUCAAGAAUAUGAAUCAUCAGUCACUGAGUAUAUAUAGCUUUUGGGUUGAUUUGGAUUCGAGCGAUAAUCAGCAUCUGUAUGGUGCGCUUAAGAAGACGCUGAGUAGGGUUCAGGCGACGAAGGCGCAGGAACGGGCUUGGUGUGAGGGGCUCGAGGCAAGGACGGAGAGUGAGAGGCCGAGUACGAAUGGGCUGAGCGUUGCGGUUAGUACGGAGAGGACGAGGAGUCGGAGUGGGGGGAGGAAGAGGUAG